AAAUCAACUUCCAGCAGUAGAAAGAUUAGAAGAAAGCGAGCAGAGAAGGAAGAAAGUAGACAAAGAACUUUUAACCAAGUUCUUAGAGCUGAAAAAAACCCUAGCUACACGAGCUACAGACACCGCCUCUAAUGGAUCUGCAGCAGCUGAAAUUUUUAAAUAAAAUAUUUAAAACAUAUUUUCUAUUUUUAUUUAUUUUUGGUUAAAGUAGAUGUACCUAAGAUCUGAUAAUUUUAUUCCUUAAAGUAUAUAUUCAAUUAAGAAUACUCUGAACUUCAUGCCACGGGAUCUUUUACUUGGGGUUCCAAGGAAUACGAUAAAUAUUCUCAUUUCAGGAUGGCCAGUAAGUGGAUAAUAUUCCAUUAUAGUUCGUGACAUGCGUCCAAAACACAUAUUUUUGUUGUUUUCCUUGAUGAGACAUGAUUGAUGCCAAGUACGUAAGCACAUUGGUCACCCACUACCUUCAAAUAACUUCACGAGGCUUCUCAUGGUCGUUAUACAACGCCACAAGCCGAGCCUGUACUGCAACAACGUUUCUGUACAAGGGUGGCUCUACUCAAAUGGCUAGAAGUGAAGUGAUCAAUAAACAAGUAAUCUUCAAGGAUUUCGUUACUGGAAUGCCAGAGGAGUCCGACAUGUCAUUAAAAUAUAACAAACUAACCUUGCAACUGAGUGAUGUAUCACAAGAUGUUCUUGUAAAGAAUUUGUAUUUAUCAUGUGAUCCUUAUAUGCGAUUCCGCAUGGCAAAUAAUGUUCCCAACUCAGCCCCUUUUAUGCCUGGAUCUGUCAUAACUGGCUUUGGCAUCUCCAAGGUUAUCAUUUCAAAUCACCCUGAAUUUGAACAGGGUGAUUUUGUAUCGGGUUUUACUGGAUGGGAAGAAUACAGCAUUAUACCAGGCGGCAUCAACUUGAAAAAGAUCAAGUAUACGGAUGUACCUCUAUCAUAUUACUUGGGAGUUUUAGGAAUGCCUGGGCUCGCAGCAUAUGUUGGGUUUUAUGAAGUAAGCUCCCCUAAAAAAGGGGAAAGUGUUUAUAUCUCUGCAGCUGCUGGGGCUGUUGGUCAGCUUGUUGGCCAGUUUGCCAAGUUGCUUGGCUGUUACGUUGUUGGGAGUGCUGGCACCCAACAGAAGGUAGACUUAUUGAAAGAUAGGUUCGGUUUUGAUGAGGCAUUCAACUACAAAGAAGAAUCGGACUUAAAUGCUACUCUCAAGAGGUACCUUCCAAAUGGGAUUGAUAUCUACUUUGAGAAUGUGGGUGGUGAUAUCCUUGAAUCAGUUCUUGAAAAUAUGAAUGUUCAUGGACGUAUUGCUGUUUGUGGGAUGAUCUCACAAUAUAAUCUGGAGGAGGUAAAAGGUAUAAAGAAUCUAAGACAACUUAUAUCUAAGCGGAUAAAAAUGGAAGGUUUCUGUGAACCUGAUUAUUUGCAUAUGUACCCUGAGUUUGUUGAGAAAGUAAGAGGCUAUCUGAAAGAAGGAAAAAUAGUUUAUAUUGAAGAUACUGCAGAUGGUUUGGAGAAUGCACCAUCAGCGUUUGUCGGUCUCUUUCAUGGUAAAAACAUUGGAAAACAGAUUGUACACAUAUGUGACGAAUAAUGGAAAGGAAAUAUGGCUGUCUGAUGAGAGCAAUUAUCUGGUAUCAAGAAGUUUAAGCUAUAUAGUCUAGUGUAGACACAUUUGUUUUCAAGACUCCCAAUGUAACAUAUUUAUUCUAUGAUGAGGAUAAUGCCUGCUAAGGUCCCGUUUGUUGACAA